GCGUUUUUUGCGGCUUUUAAUUUGCGAAUUGUUUGUAGAUUAGUUGUUAUAUUGAUUAAUAUUAAACACAGAAAUAAACAGCAUGGAUAAUAAACGAAAAUUCAAUGGCAAUGGCGCAGCCAAUGGUAACUCCAAGAAGCCCAGAAACUUUGACGAUGAUGAUGAAAUGGGUGGUGGCUUCGAAGCGGAGCUGGCCGCUUUUGAGCCCAACGAUGAACUGGAUCAAACAUUGAUGUUGGGCGAGGGACCCGAGAAUCAACAGACUAGCGAACGUUGGUCACGGGCAGCGCCUCCUCAGUUGAAUCCCAGCGAAGACAGCUUGGUAUUCCAGCAGCUGGACGUGGAGAACUAUUUGGGGCAACCGCUGCCGGGCAUGCCGGGUGCCCAGCUUGGACCUGUGCCUGUGGUGCGCAUGUUUGGCGUCACAAUGCAGGGAAACUCGGUGUGCUGUCAUGUCCAUGGAUAUUGUCCAUAUUUCUAUAUUUCGGCACCGAGCAACUUUGAGCAGCGCCAUUGCUCGGAGUUGCACGAGGCGCUGGAUAAAAAGGUUAUUGCUGACAUACGCAACAACAAGGAUAAUGUCCAGGAGGCUGUGCUGGCCGUGGAGCUGGUGCAACGUCUCAACAUUCAUGGUUAUCAGGGCGAUGAGAAGCAGCUGUAUAUUAAGAUCACCGUGACGCUGCCACGUUUUGUGGCCGCCGCAUCCCGCCUGCUCAAAAAGGAGGUUAUCAUGAGCGCCUUCGAUUUUCAGGAUUGUCGUGCCUUUGAGAAUAACAUUGAUUUCGAUAUACGUUUUAUGGUGGAAACCAAUGUUGUGGGCUGCAAUUGGAUUGAAUUGCCGCCGGGUGUUUGGCGCCUCCGUGGACGCAACUCCAAGCCAGCUCCAGAGUCGCGUUGCCAGCUGGAAGUGGAUGUUGCCUACGAUCAGUUUAUAUCCCAUGAACCGGAGGGUGAAUGGUCCAAAGUAGCGCCGCUUCGCAUCCUCAGCUUUGACAUUGAGUGCGCGGGACGAAGAGGCAUCUUUCCGGAGGCCAAAAUGGAUCCGGUUAUUCAGAUAGCCAACAUGGUCAUACGACAGGGGGAAUCGGAGCCGUUUAUCCGCAAUGUAUUCACUUUGAAGGAAUGUGCUCCAAUCAUUGGCAGCCAGGUGCUGUGCUUUGAUAAGGAGACACAGCUGCUGGACAAAUGGUCGGCAUUUGUGCGCGAAGUGGAUCCCGACAUCCUCACCGGCUACAACAUUAACAAUUUCGAUAUACCCUAUCUUCUAAAUCGUGCUGCCCACUUGAAGGUGAAGAAUUUCGAGUAUCUGGGCAGGAUCAAGAACAUACGCUCGGUGAUCAAGGAACAGGUGCUGCAGUCCAAGCAAAUGGGCAGACGGGAGAAUCAAUAUGUCAACUUUGAAGGACGCGUUCCAUUUGAUUUACUCUUUGUGCUGCUCCGAGAUUAUAAAUUGCGAUCCUACACUUUGAAUGCGGUGAGCUAUCAUUUCCUGCAGGAACAGAAGGAGGAUGUGCACCAUAGCAUCAUUACGGAUCUGCAGAAUGGCGAUGAACAGACCCGACGUCGUCUGGCCAUGUAUUGCCUGAAGGAUGCGUAUUUGCCGCUGCGUCUGCUCGAGAAACUGAUGGCGAUUGUCAACUACAUGGAAAUGGCACGUGUGACGGGCGUGCCACUGGAAUCCCUGCUUACCCGGGGACAACAGAUCAAGGUGCUCAGCCAGCUGCUGCGCAAGGCCAAAACCAAGGGUUUCAUCAUGCCAUCCUACACCUCCAGUGGCUCCGACGAACAAUACGAGGGUGCCACGGUCAUUGAGCCCAAACGUGGCUAUUAUGCGGAUCCCAUAAGCACACUCGAUUUUGCCUCACUGUACCCGAGUAUAAUGAUGGCCCACAAUUUGUGCUACACUACAUUGCUGCUGCCUGGCGCCAAGGAUAAACUGGGAUUGACGGCUGACCAAGUGGAGCGCACACCCGCCAACAAUAGCUUUGUCAAGGCGGAGCUGCGUCGUGGUUUACUGCCCGAAAUCCUCGAGUCGCUGUUGGCGGCACGUAAGCGUGCCAAGAAUGAUUUGAAAGUGGAGAAGGAUCCAUUUAAACGGCAGGUGCUCGAUGGCCGACAGUUGGCCCUGAAGAUUUCGGCCAAUUCCGUGUAUGGCUUUACAGGAGCACAGGUGGGAAAGUUGCCAUGCUUGGAGAUCUCUGGCAGCGUCACGGCCUAUGGACGCACCAUGAUUGAGCUGACCAAAAAUGAAGUGGAAUCGCAUUACACACGUGCAAAUGGCUAUGAGAAUGAUGCCGUGGUUAUUUACGGCGAUACGGAUUCGGUUAUGGUUAAUUUCGGAGUCAAGACAUUGGAGCGCAGCAUGGAACUGGGCAGAGAGGCGGCUGAUUUGGUCAGUGCCAAGUUUGUCAGACCCAUCAAACUGGAAUUCGAGAAAGUUUACUAUCCCUAUUUGCUGAUUAACAAGAAACGCUAUGCGGGAUUGUAUUUCACCAAGCCGGAUAAGUACGAUAAGAUGGAUUGCAAGGGCAUUGAGACAGUGCGUCGGGAUAACUCGCCGCUGGUGGCCAAUCUAAUGAAUUCCUGCCUGCAGAAGUUGCUCAUCGAACGCAAUCCCGAAGGCGCUGUGGAUUAUGCCAAACAAAUAAUUGCCGAUCUAUUAUGCAAUCGCAUUGACAUCUCCCAGCUGGUCAUUACCAAAGAGUUGGCCAAAACAGAUUAUGCGGCCAAGCAGGCGCAUGUGGAGUUGGCGGCCAAAAUGAAGAAACGUGAUGCGGGCACAGCACCCAAAUUGGGGGAUCGAGUUCCCUAUGUGAUCUGUGCAGCUGCCAAGAAUACGCCGGCGUAUCAAAAGGCAGAGGAUCCUCUCUAUGUGCUGGAGAACAGUGUGCCCAUCGAUGCCAACUAUUAUCUGGAGCAGCAGCUGUCCAAGCCACUGCUGCGCAUCUUUGAGCCCAUUUUGGGUGAUAAAGCGGAGUCGGUGCUGCUCAAGGGCGAGCAUACACGUACCCGGACUGUGGUCACCUCCAAGGUGGGCGGCUUGGCGGGUUUCAUGACCAAAAAGGCAGCCUGUCUGGGCUGCAAAUCUCUGAUGCCCAAGGGCUAUGAGCAGGCAUGCCUGUGUCCGCAUUGUGAGCCCAAGAUGAGUGAACUCUAUCAGAAGGAGGUGGCAUCCAAGCGUGGCUUGGAGGAGACCUUCUCCCGCCUGUGGACCGAAUGCCAGCGUUGUCAGGGCUCCCUGCAUGAGGAGGUGAUAUGCUCCAAUCGGGAUUGUCCCAUUUUCUAUAUGCGGCAAAAGGUGCGCAUGGAACUGGACACUCAGGAGAAGCGUGUGCGUCGCUUUGGAUUGCCUGAAUGGUAGUUGCCCAUCCACAAAUACAUAUAUUAUACAUUCUUACAUUAUAAACCUACAAUUUAAUAAUUAUAUUACUAGAAGUUAUUACAAA